CGAAAGUACAUGCACAACUUAUAAAUUUGUCUGUUUUCUUUAAAAUUAAGCCGGAUUUUCAACCACGGGCGUAUAUAUUUCCGCAGAAAGUUAAGCCAAAUCUAGACCAGCAACGAGCGUCCGCCAACAUCUCCCAUUUAUUAUUGCUCUACAUCUAAUUGGGCCAACUUACAACAAAUAAACCUUCUUGGCAAGAGGCAGUGCGAAAUAGUUAGUUCAUCGAAUUUAUCCACAGGUCUAUCGGGAUUAUGAUAUAUCUGUUACCUAAUAUGCAGAAUUUUUAUUUAUUAAUCAGACAAAAUAGAAAGUUUCUGAUCGUGUGUACAUGUUUGCUGACUAUCAUAUUUCUUUACGUAAUUAUUUCAUUGUGGAAUCCAUAUCCAUCUGUAACAAGUCAUCGACUUACAUCUGUGAAUUAUUUAACAGGGAAAGAAAUUUCCCAUCAAGAAAAAAAUGGAAAUUUACUUCUAAAUUCAGCAUCUACUUUGCCAUUUCUUAUUGAUGAAUUAAUGCGUAUCAAUCAUUCUGUUCACGACGAGUUAAUUGAUUUACAUCAAAGACGUAAAGAAUUAGUGGACACUAAUGCUGUCCUUCAAAAUCAAGUAGAACGUUUACGAUCUAUUCUUGUAGAGCAUUCAAGGCAAAUAAUACGUCUUCGAGCCACCUUAGAUUCGUACAAACAAACUCUUUCAGAUAAUACUGCAUCUUCAGCUGUAUUUUAUUCCAAAUGGCCAGUUGUUCAUCUUAAAUUAAAUAAUGAGAGCAUAAAGUAUCCUUCUGUCAUAAGCUCAUCAAACGAAUUAUGCACCAUAGAAUCCUGUAUCAAUUGGAAUCGGUGUCGAUUUAUAGGAUUUUUGAAGUUUUGCACUGAUUAUUAUGGUUCAAAUAAUACUAUGUCAUUUGAACAAUUACUUCAAAGUUCUCCACAUUUUACUGAAAGAUGUAAUAUUGAAAAUACUUCAUGUUUAAAACUGACUUUUGGUGUUGAAGGUGCUCAAAAAUGUAUACAGGAAUCUGAACUGACCUCAGAAACUUUACCAACUUGUAUUGUCUUGUUUUUCAAUGCAUUGGAACUUGAUCAAAUAUAUCGGAAAUAUAAUUAUUCAAAAAAUCAUCUUAACUUCUUACUGGUCGCCUACUCAUUUCCUGAAAAUACAUUUCGCCGAGGAUUCGAUUUCUUGUUGCCAAUAAAUUACGAUAUUUUAUGUAAAUACUCGAAGAAAAUUUGCUCUAUUUCUUCACCUUUGCGUUUACUACCAGGAAGACGUGCAUUAUUACUCAGCUUUAAUAUUGGGAUAUUGUCCAAAAGUCGUCUUGCUGAAAAUCACUCAUCAUUGGAUAAUUUAGUUAUUGAACACUUGAAAAAGUUGGAUAACGAUAGUCAUAAAAAGAAUGAAUCAACCUCUUUUAUUUCCAUAUCAAUUCAUAAAAAUACCAAUGAACUUGAAAGUUGUUGGUCUAAUAAAUAUAGAGAAUUCCUUUCCCGAAAUUCCCUAUCUGAUACUGAUUGGUUUCCAUGUGAAGAUUCUUCAUCACUUCUUCGCAAGUCAACCUUUGGAUUAAUAAUGACUGGUGCAAGGAACUCGUAUUUGAGUUUAGGAUUACGAAUUCAGUUGAUUAACUGUUUAGCUAAUGGUGCUAUUCCUGUUUUUAUUGGAAAUAACGAUAUAUAUUCUGAUGAAGCAAUCAACUCGGAGUUAUUGUCUAAAGUUAUUGUACACGUUCCUAAACCUCGAGUCGAGGAACUUCCAGCUUUACUUCAGUCUUUGCCUGAAGCGCAUAUCGUUGAGAUCCGCCGACAGGGCCAGAUUUUAUUUCAACGUUACUUUAAAAAUAAAUCAUCACAACUUACCACUUUAUUGUUAGCUGUUAGUCGACGUCUUGGUUUUCCCCAACCUCCUGCUCCUCACUGGUCUAGUUUACCGGCUUAUAAAGAAUUUCACCCACCUAAACAGUAUCCAAUACAUAAAGAGAAUAAUUUUCAAGUUGAUUUAGAUGAUUUCCUCGGUCCAGUUGGACCACAACAAUCUUCCAUUAGUUAUCAAUCGAAUUAUACAGGUCCUGGUGGAUCAGCUCGAUUGGCUAGCGUAUCUUUUUACGGUGGGAUUAGUGACAUGGUUAAUCCAUUAUGGUUAUUUCCUUCCACACCAUGGGAACCUCCACUUCCAUCAGAUGCUGCAUUUGUACCAUAUGGUUCUACAAAUCAUGGUUUAAGACCAAUUAACCAUACUAUAAAUCUUGCAGGAUAUGAAUUCAAUAUGAAUUUAGGUGGAAUGUAUCCAUAUGAACAGUUUACUAUUCUAAUCCUUACUUAUGAUCGGUUUAAUUUAUUAUGUCAAACGUUAGAAAGUUUUCUAAAUCUUCCAUAUUUGCAUUCAGUUUUGGUUAUAUGGAACAAUCCUAUUCCACCCAAUCCUGAUCUUAGCUGGCCACAAUUACAUGUUCCAAUCAAAGUUAUCCAUAGCCAAAAUAACAGUUUGAAUAAUCGAUUUUUGCCUUAUGAUUUAAUCGAAACUGAUGCAAUACUAUCCAUUGAUGAUGAUAUUCAACUACGUCAUGAUGAAAUUGUUUUUGGAUUUCGCGUUUGGCGUGAACAUCGUGAUCAGUUGGUUGGUUUCCCAGCACGAGCUCAUUUUUGGAAUGGUUCUGAUAGUUCAUGGUUUUAUAAUUCCGAUUAUACGUGUGAAUUCUCAAUGAUUCUUACUGGAGCUGCAUUUUUUCACAAGUAUUAUACAUUUGCUUAUACGUGGGAAAUGUCUCCGGACAUUCGUAACAUGGUAGACGACUAUUUCAAUUGUGAAGAUAUAGCAAUGAAUUUUCUUCUAGCACAUAUAACUAGGAAACCCCCACUGAAGGUUACACUCCAUUGGUCAUUUGACUGCGUUUACUGUGGUUCUACUCUACACGACCGUCCAGAUCACUAUGCUGCUCGUUCCCGCUGCAUUAAUUGGUUAACAAAUCACUAUGGAUAUAAUCCUCUCAUGUACAGUCAGUACAGAGCUGACUCUAUAUUAUUUAAAACACGUAUUCCACUCGGCAAACAAAAGUGUUAUAAAUAUAUAUAAUACUUCGUAUUACUUAUCAUAUUAAUUCAUAUGUUACAUUCUCGAGGAUUGUCUAGAUCUAUCUGCCUUGCGAAAACUGCAGAUUCUCCCCGUGUUUCGAGAGAUCGCAUAUUGACGCAAGUCCCCACUGAGAGCCAAAGUAAUGCUUGUGUCAUCUGACAGUCUCUUCUUUCUAAUGUGAUAAGAUGCGUUUCUAUGCCG